AUGUGUGUGAGCGGGGCUGCUCAGAUGGUGUCAACUCGCCCACUUCUCUUCCAGAUGGCCAGACGCAGCGUCCUUCUGCUAGCUUGGCUCCUGUUGGCUGUGACCCUGUCAGCCACUCUGGGGCUUGGGAUGCCAGCAAAGGAGAAGAGAGGCUGGACCCUGAACAGCGCUGGCUACCUUCUGGGCCCACAUGCCAUUGACAACCACAGAUCAUUUAGCGACAAGCAUGGCCUCACAGGCAAGCGGGAGCUACAACUGGAAGCAGAGGAAGGGAGACCAGGAAGCGUUGAUGGGCCCCUGCCUGAGAGCAACAUCGUGCACACCAUAAUGGAGUUCCUGAGUUUCCUGCACCUUAAAGAGGCCGGGGCCCUCGACAGCCUGCCUGGCCUCCCUUUGGCCACCUCCUCAGAAGAUCUAGAGCAGUCCUGAGACCAUGCCCACAGGGCACCUAUGUCGUGUGCUGUAACUGAAAGUCACUCUAGAAGAAUCUUCUGCCAACUCCUCAAGCAAACCCUCUGUUCUCCACUUUGAUCCUGUGUUGUUAUAAUUAAGAUGUUUUGAUUGGAGUAAAUAUAUUG